AAAAAUAAGUAGAAGAAGAAGCUCUCAGUCCGCAGUGUUUUAUAGAGAAACAGGAUCUGAUCUGCUGCAGAAUGGAACAAAGCCCUCUCCUGCUCCCAGUAUCCAGUGUGUACUCUACGUAAAAUUGAGAGACUCAACCUGAAGAAGGAGGAAAAUCUCACGAUGUUGAAAACAGAAGAUAUUAUUAUUAAAUGUGAGGAUAUAGAGUCGAGUAUAGAGGUCGCAUCCUGUUCUACUCUUCAGAUCAGCUCAUCUCACGAACUCACAGAAACGAAUACAGUGAAAGAUGGCGUCCUCCACUGCUCGUACUGCCAGAAGAGCUUUACUAAUAAGACGAGUUUCCAACGACACCAGCUCAACCACACCGGAGAGAAACCGCAUCACUGCUCGGAGUGCGGCAUGCGCUUCAGAACACACAGCCAAUUCCAACUACACCAGAGUUUUCACACCGGCGAGAAACCGCAUCAGUGUUCACACUGCGAGAAGAGCUUCAGAUUAAAGAACCAGCUCCAGAUCCACCAGCGCAUUCACACCGGAGAGAAACCGCACCGGUGCUCGGAGUGCGGCGAGGGUUUCAGAAGUAAGUAUCAGCUCCAGGUCCACCAGCGCAUUCACACCGGAGAGAAACCGUUUUACUGCUUCGAGUGUGGACACAGUUUCAGAGACGCUAACACUCUUAAAAGCCACUGGCGCAUUCACACCGGAGAGAAACCGUUUUACUGCUCAGAGUGCGGGAAGAGCUUUUCCCAUCGGGGGAUUCUCAACGGUCACCAGCGCGUUCACACUGAGAAACCGCAUCAGUGUGCGGUGUGUAAGAGGAGGUACAGGUACUCUCACAAAUGCCACUGGGCGCCAAAUCCUGCAAAAGCUGUAAAAUAAGGACUGUAUGUGUAAAAACGUGUAUAAUGCUCUAUACAAAACUUGUCGUGGUCUACGCAAUUAUACCCUUUUAAAAAACAGUAAAUUUGAAUUAAUCAUAGAUUAGGAAAUAUAGCUCUGGAAAAAAUUAGAUCACUUCAGUUUCUGAAUCAGUUUCUGUGAUUAUGAAUUUCAUAUUCAUAAAGUUUUAAGAGUUCAGAAAUAAUCAAUAUUUGGUGGAAUAACCCUGGUUGGUUUUUAAUCACAGUUUUUUUAUGCAUCUUGGCAUCAUGUUCUCCUCCACCAGUCUUACACACUGCUUUUGGAUAACUUUAUGCUGCUUUACUCCUGGUGCAGAAAUUCAAGCAGUUCAGUUUGGUGGUUUGAUUGCUUGUGAUAAUUUGGUAAAUCAAAGAAAAUCAUAAUUUUUAAGUGCCCUCUUAUUUUUAAAAUACACAGUCACUACCAGUCAAAAGUUUUAGAACAGCUCUAUAUGAAACUGAGACUUAGUCCUGUAGAAUAUGUAUGUUUUGUUUUAAGUCCCUUGUUCUUUGUUUUGUUCUAUAUAUAUUUUCUAUUUUCCCCUAUUGUACUGUACGUUAAACCUCUAUGAGAUUUUGUAUUCGAUG